AUGGGCCUCAUCAAACUUUUGCUUAAGGCAAUUCUCAUUCCAAUUGUUCUCGUCAUUGUCCUCUCCGUCGUUGUGGUUCUCGCUAUCAAAAUGCGCCGAGAUCGCAAGAGGAAAGAGAAAGAGCUUGAGGAUUCUUUCCAGGCACCCCCUAUACAGCAAUGGAUGCCUUACACCCCUGUGCAACAACCUGCCCCAGUAUAUGCCAAGACGCCAGGAGCGAUGGAACAAGGGAUCGGAAACGGACAGCCUUGA